CGUUGAUCGUUACCAGACGAUGCACCGUUGCAAUCCACGAUGGCACCUGCUGCCGUAAACAGCGUGGACGAAAGUGGAAUGGAAACUGAGAACAAUAUACUCUACGAACUUCUAACGUACUCAGAAUGGCAGCAGGAACCCGAGAAACUGAGCCGAGCAGCUUUCGAGCGAUCAGAAGAUGGCAAGGGAUCAGGAUUUUGGGGCUGGCUCGGACUGCUGGCCACGUCAAUGUCCAGUAUACCGCCCGCUGUUCAAAGGCUCCGCUCCUUUCACAUGGAAUGGCACUUCGUCGUUGGAGGAGAUGGCAAAGUUCUGGCCAUACUACAGGACCAAUGUGUGGAAAUUAGGUCCUCAAGGGACGAAUAUGCAACUGUCAUUGGCCGGGGAAUUGUGCCCCGGGAUCCAAUGCCUCAGUGGAGACGCAUCGUGUGGUCUCCUGACUGCAGCUUCCUGGCCGUCGCCUUGAGCACCGGGCGCGUUGAGUUUUUCGACACUGUGGGCAGCACACUCUUCCACAUCCCGGAGCCAGUGGUGCAGAUUGAAGGAGUUCUGCACGACCUCAGUUAUGCCAUGGCUGGCAUACUCUUCACUGAAGCUCGCGUGCACAAGACACAGUGGUCUUACGAGUUCAUAACAGUCAACUACAGGGGUGAGCUAAAAAGCUACCUGCUCAGCCCAUCUGAAGGCUACCGCGACAACCACACCCUGAACCUGGCAUCCUUCUACUCAAAGGGAGUGACCAGCGUCCAGUACCACCCGUCCCAUCAGGUCCUCUUGGUGGCAGGCCGCUCACCCGUGCUCCUGGGAAAUGGCGGUGACAGUAACCAGGGCUCAGCCCUGGAAUUCGGCAUCACAGCUUGGCGGUUUCUCUCCGACUAUCCCCACUACAAGCUAGUCACAACACUCAGCGAUGACAUGCUGCGCAUGAACCCAAGGCGGUUUUUGAAGAAGAUGAGCUUUUACUACAAGCAGACAGAGGACACAGUGUACCAGCUAAGCAUCUCCCCAUCGGGAACCAAAAUGGCCGCUGCUCACACCUCAGGAGCACUUUCUGUUUGGACUGUGCCUUCCCUUACAAGGAUAAGCCUCUGGCGGCUUGAAGACAUGCCCAAGUUUGACCACCUAAAUCCUCAAGCACACAAGCUGAACAAACGCCGCUACCUUUCUCUUCGCCCGGAGUCCACUCACCUCACCAUUUGUGACAUGAACUGGUGGUCUGAUGACGUGAGUGACUUUUUUAAUCAUUUGACUGUUGGGGCACUGACGCUGUUGUGUUCUGCUGCUGAGACAUAA